CAACUCAUUGGAGCUCUAGAGUGCACACACACGAAGAGGGUCUCUCAAGUGCAAGACCACGACCCCCAACGAAGACAACGAAGAGGAGUAGGAGUCAGUGAUUGUCGGGACUUGGCAUGGUGGUGGACCCUUCUUGCUCUGUAGUGGCGCACAAAUAACCCUCCUUGCCAGCAGGAAUUGUCAAGUAGUCUGGAGUGGGUCGACCUUUGCAACCUCCCUCGGCGUCAGUGUUGUUCCGGAACCUUGUCCCUCGCUCUUAUCUCUCUGAGUGCUGUGUUAUGCCUGACAUAGCAGAGGUCUAGGCGUGCCAUCGGGUCCACAGGGUCCCAAGACCCUUGAUCACCAUGGCCUUGGGCAUUCGUUGCCGGCGUCACACGUGCAAGAUCGUGCUCUUCACUUCUCUGGUGUGGUGCAUCUUGGACUUGUUGGUGCUGGUCAGCUUUUCGGACUGUUCCAAUGGUAUGGGAUGGGGUUGUGAAGGGGGCUCCAGAGGUAAACAUGGGUCCCUCAAGUUCGCCCAUCAGCUCCAGGAGGACAAUGCAGUGGGUGGAGUGUCAGUGUACCCGGGUCAUUUGCUCAGAGAGUGGAGUCUGGCCCCAGUGGUGAGUCCCAUCCCCGGAUCUCCGGGAGAGAUGGGCAAAGCUGUAGUGGUGCCCAAGGAGAGAGAGGAGGAGAAGAAGGAGAAGUUCAAGAUCAAUCAGUUCAAUCUUGUGGCCUCCGAGAUGAUCUCACUCAACCGGAGUCUGCAAGAUGUGAGGCUGGCGGCAUGCAAGACCAAGGACUAUGCAGUGAAGCUGCCCACCACUUCUAUCGUGAUCGUGUUCCACAACGAGGCUUGGACCACUUUGCUCCGGACGAUCCACUCGAUCAUCAAUCGUUCUCCCAAGGCUUUGGUGGAGGAGAUCAUCCUGGUGGAUGAUGCCUCUGAACACGCUCAUCUAGGCAAGGAACUCGAGGACUACGUGGCCACGCUUUCAUUGCCUGUGAAAGUCUUGCGAACGGGCAAACGCUCAGGAUUAAUCAGAGCAAGGCUUCUGGGCGCUGAGCAAGUCAAAGGCUCUGUGAUCACUUUUCUAGAUGCACAUUGUGAGUGUACCGAAGGCUGGUUGGAGCCCCUUUUGGCAGAAAUCGCCAAGAAUCGCAAGGCUGUGGUUUGUCCCAUCAUUGAUGUGAUCUCAGAUGAAAACUUCGAGUAUGUCACCGCCUCUGACAUGACUUGGGGAGGCUUUAACUGGAAACUCAACUUCCGAUGGUACCGUGUUCCUCAACGAGAGAUGGACCGACGCAAUGGAGAUCGCUCACAACCAUUGAGAACUCCAGCCAUGGCCGGAGGUCUGUUUUCUAUCGAUAAGGACUACUUUUAUGAAGUGGGAUCCUAUGACCGAGGCAUGGAUAUCUGGGGUGGAGAGAACCUAGAAAUGUCAUUCAGGGUGUGGACUUGUGGUGGAGAACUAUUGAUAGCUACAUGUUCCCACGUCGGUCAUGUCUUCCGAAAAUCCACGCCUUAUUCGUUCCCCGGGGGAACGUCCAAGAUUGUCAACCACAACAAUGCCAGAUUGGCUGAGGUCUGGUUGGAUGAGUGGAAGGACUUCUAUUUCAGUAUUAAUCCAGGAGCUCGAACCGUGGAAAUUGGAGACCUGACUGAGCGUCGUUCGCUCCGAAAGGACCUUCAAUGCAAGAGCUUCCGUUGGUACUUGGAAAAUAUUUACCCAGAGUCACAAAUGCCCUUGGACUACUUUUACCUGGGAGAGAUGAAAAACGAGGCCACACACAACUGUCUUGACACGAUGGGACGCAAGAGUGGCGAGGCCUUGGGAUUGUCCUAUUGUCAUGGAUUGGGGGGGAAUCAGGUCUUUGCCUACACCAAACGGCAGCAAAUCAUGUCAGAUGACAACUGUCUGGACUCUGCUUCGGCCAAAGGACCGGUCAAGCUCGUUCGAUGCCAUGGAAUGGGUGGCAAUCAGGCCUGGAACUAUAACGAGGAGGACCGAAGCAUCCGCCAUAUGAAUACGAACCGGUGUUUGGCUACGCAAAAUCACGAUCCGUCGAAUCCGGUCUUGGCUGAAUGCACAGGAGGUCCCAAUCAACAAUGGACCAUGGAAUCCAAGUUCAAAUGGCAAGCCAAGAGCUAACGAAGCUUUUAGCUUUCCAAUUAACACAUGCCCAUCAACCACCACCACCACCAUAAACCCGUUCUCCAGUGACUGUGCUAUUUGUACCCAUGUAUAAUUGAUAAGAAUCAACCGAGUGCCCUGAUUCGAAUUUGGGGAGGGCCCCAGAAUCGCCUUGAACCUGUCACAAUGUCACAAGCCACUCAAAUCGGACUUGAGGUGGUCAAAAGUGAGAAAACAUGAACCCCACAUGAUCCCGCUUCAUAUUCGUACAUGCCGUUUGAAGAGAGUUUCAUCCAUCUGUGAUAACCGAUGCAUCACUGAAACUAGACCCCAUUCAUGAACAAUACGUGUGCACAAAAAAAGACGUGACAAAGUUCUAAGACGCACAACGCACACUCCACUGUACGUAGAAGAGCAGUUAUUAUUCCAGUGAAACAAUAAUGUGUCAUACGCAGCAAUGUCUCUGCAACAUAUCCAAGCCAUAUUUUCUACUACAAGAGGAACCAUUCUUUUUUCACACCAGUAUCAACCGCAGUAAUUUCGUCUGUUUCCGACAGUACUUCUAACAUUCCAUCGUGCUGAAGUCACUACUUACGCAUUUCUCGUUAAAUUGUUUCUAGAUGAUCAACUUUUCAAUUUGGACGUCCGAUCCUGAUUUAUGGGCUCUUCUACCUAUUUCCUAUUGCAGACUAUUAUUGUUGAUACCGUUUUUGUUAUUCAUUUGGGGACAAUAAAGAAGAACUCGACAUAUA